AUGCCACCAAGAACGCGAGCUACAACCUCUUCGUUUUUUUCAAACUUUUUUUCGUCCAAACUUUAUGCUGUGGUUGGAGCUUCUAAUGAUCCGACAAAAUAUGGAAACAAGGUUUUAAAGUGGUAUAUUGCGAAUCAACGUCCAACGAUACCUGUUAAUCCUAAUGAAACCACAGUUGAAGAUCUACAAUGCGUCCCAAAUCUAAGCUCAAUAAUUCCGCUUGACGCGAAAAACACGUCUGUUUCAGUUAUCACGCCGGGAAAAAUCACUAAACAGAUUUUGGAAGAGGCUGCAAAAUUGGGAAUCAGACGUGUUUGGUUACAACCGGGAGCAGAGUUUCCUGAUUGUGGCGAGUUUGCUGAACGCGUAGGCAUCGAUUUAAUUUAUGGAGGACCUUGCGUUUUGGUUGAUGGGCCAAAGUUUAUAGUUAACAGUGUGAUUUAA